GCUUCACGGUUCGGUUUGUUGUUGAAGCGGAGUGACUUCAAAUGUGGACGGAAAGAGUUUACAAAGUUGGAACAUGACGAGUUUAAUUCCGCUGUGAUUAGCCUUCAAAUUAAGACAAGAAGUAAGAUGUCUGGGGCACACGAAAACAGGAAGCGCCGCCCCCCCAAAUAUUUUUUAAUCACGACCGAUAUGAAGGUUCACGACCAGUUGGAAGGUACCAUUCGCCUACAUAGGGGGUACCUGUGCCAGGAGCAGGAUUCAGCCAAGAGCAGGGGGGACUCCCUGUGGGUUAAGGUGUUAGAUAAUGGCAGUAUGGUAAAAAUAGAGAGGAAGUUUCUGCUUGAUGUCCCAGUGGACCUUGGCGGGAUAUUGGAGCCUGUAACUGAUCGUGAAGCUCGCAUGAGACUAAUAACCAAUCCUGGAAAGCUACAACACUUGGCUUCUUUAACUGAAGGUGCCCCACUCUGGGUCCAGAUUGGUCAACAGGAUGAGCUGGCAGAGGCAGAACUUCAAUACGUUGGUCCACUGUCAGGAGGGAGCAGUGCUGUGUUUUUUGGGGUGCAGCUCAAGGGCUCUGCAGUAGGUAGAGGAACAAGCAAUGGUUCAUACAAGGGUCACCAGUUCUUCCUCUGUCCAGAAGCCUCUGCUCUCUUCGUCCCAGUCAAUCACAUCAGGCUCCGUAGCUGGUCCCGCAACAAUGGCCCCGAAGCACAUGAGCGGCCGCGUGAGCGAGAACGAGUUCACCGCAACAGCAGCAGCAAUCAUCACCCCAGCAACGGGCACCACAGCAACAACAACGAGCGGUCAAAUCACCAGCACAGCCGCCACAUUAAUUAUCACCAUCAUCGUCCCAUCAGCCCUCCUCACACACAUGUUAUGCUCCCUCGAACCGCUGAGGCUGCACCUUUUACAGCUCAAGUUCAAAACCAGAUCCAGGUUCGAGGACCCACUUCACCUGUGCCAUUUCAAGUUGGCCAGCGAGUGUGUUUCCCCCUGGAAGACGUUGUCCAUGGGGGUGAGGUGCGCUUCUGUGGUCUCCUACCAGGACGGUCAUCUUCAGGAAUGUAUGUCGGGAUUCUGCUGGACGCUCCUAUUGGAAACUGGGAUGGCUCUUAUAAAGGAGAGAAGCUCUGUCAUAUUCCUUCACCCCUCUAUGGAAUACUACUGCCAGUCACCAAGGUUUCCUCAGAGCUAAAGUCCAGCCGUAGCAACCCAACUACUCAAAUUCUCAAAUCCAUCCUGAAGCCAGUGACAUCAAACAUCAGUAAAUCAAGCCCAUCGUCACCACCUGCAUCUGCUCUAAAGGUGGCCCUGAUGCCCCCCUCUAAACAGCCACUUAAACCUCCUCCCCUGCCCCCGCCAAAGCCCGUCCUCAAGCCCCUCCCUCCUGUCCCACCCCCCAAACUGCACAGCCCAGUGUCGCCCACUGAGGCAGACCAGUUCCCGUACACCAACGGCAUGUACAGCCCUCCCUCGCCACUGAGAUCACCAGACAAUGGUGAAGCUUCAACAGAGAAUGGAGAGCCUGAGUUGGAGGGGGACUUGGAGGUGGGCUCCAUGGUGGAGGUGAACGACCCGCCACUUUUUGGGGUGAUCCGCUGGAUUGGGCGGAUUAAUGGCAUUACAGAGCCAGUCGCAGGAAUUGAGCUGGACCAGGAGCUGUCUGCUGGAACAGACGGGAGUUACCUCGGUGAACGCCACUUCCGUUGCCCAGCCAACAAGGGGCUGUUUGUUAAACUUCGUAACUGUCGGCGGGACUCCAGGUUUCCUGCCCCCGAAACACCUGUCAAUCAAGUGGAGAGAUGCAAUUCCAUAGCCUUUGCAGAGUGGGGCAGUGAGCGCGUGGAGGACCACACACCUCCUGUAGAUGGAGACGAGGCCAGAGACCUGUACCAGGGCUGGAAAAGAGGCAUCCAGGGUCACCUCAACUCUUGCUACCUGGAUGCUACACUGUUCAGUUUGUUUUCCUGCUGUAGUUCUGCAGACUGGGUUUUGUUUUGGCCAUCUCACUCUGAAACUGACCCGAACUCCGGUCAGGCUCAGGACCUGCUGCGCUGUGAGAUCGUCAACCCCCUGCGCAGGUAUGGCUAUGUGUGUGCCAGUAAGACCAUGGCCUUGAGACGACUCCUGGAGGCUGCAAACAGCGACACAGGCUUCACGAACCAGGAGAAAGAUCCAGAAGAGUUCCUCAACAAGCUUUUCCAGCUCCUCCAAGUCGAGCCGCUCCUCAAGAUCAGAUCAAUGACUCAGCAGCCUCAGGAGUGUCACCUCUACCAGCUCUUCCCACCUUCCCUCCCUCCCUCCCCCUCCUCGCCUUCGCCUGCCUCCCCUCCUCUCUCCCCCAUCGCUCUUUUUUCGCCAUCGUCCAACCGGAUGCGAGUGGCGAGCGUCCAGGCCCUGCUGGAGUCCUCCUUCCUCCACUCAGGACUUAAGUUUGUAGAGGCUCCGUCCUGCCUGCUUCUGCUGAUGCCCCGGUUUGGAAAAGACUUCAAAAUGUUCGAUGCCAUUUUACCCACCCUCAGCCUCGACAUCACAGAUCUUGUGGACGACACACUGCGACAGUGCAGUAUCUGUCAGGCUGUAGCUGAAUGGGAAUGCAUCCAGUGUUAUGAAGACUUAGACAUCACUCCUGGUCAGCUCAAACAGUACUGCCAGACCUGCAACACACAGGUCCAUAGUCACAAGAAGCGGGUUUCCCACAGCCCAGUCCAGGUUGGUGUUCCUGGGUUGACGUGGACCGGCCCUCUCCACUGCACUCGCCAGCGAAUGUCUCUGUUUGCUGUUACAUGUAUCGAGACCAGCCAUUACGUGAGCUUCGUCAAACACGGGCCGCUCCACACAGACUGGCUGUUUUUUGACAGUAUGGCAGAUCGGGAAGGUGGAGAAAACGGCUUCAACGUCCCCAGAGUCAAGGCGUGUCCCGAGGUGGGCCGCUACCUCAGCCUGUCAGAGGAGGAGCUGAGCAGAGUUGACCCCGCCUCCUUACGAGAGCCCGCCCGCCGCCUGCUCUGUGACUCCUACAUGUGUUUGUAUCACAGUCCUGAACUCAGCCUCUACAAGUGAUAUGAAGAAAAAA